AACACCGUUCGCCCCUGGUGAAUGUCACUUGUCCGCCGAUUCCACUGACCACCACCAUCGCCACACCAUCCUGCCGAUUCGAUCAGCGGUGUGAACUUAGCAACUGCGUGAACUCAAUGACAACGAUGCACCGCCGCCUUUGUGAACCGAGGGAAUUACUGGAAUCUGGGUGCAAGUGACAAGCGGCUAGUGGAAUCAAAGCACUUGGCAUAGAGGCAGUGCCUGCCAACGAAUCGAAAACCAAAUCCUGACCAGCAAAGAGACGGGAUGAAGCUGCUGGGCAAAUACGUGGACAAGGGCAUGCAGGGAAAUGUGACCCUGAUGCCGGAGGAGUCCGAGGACAUGUGGCACGCCUACAAUUUGAUUGCGAAAGGCGACAGCGUGCGCAGCACCACCAUUCGCAAGGUGCAGAAUGAAACGGCCACUGGCUCCUCCACCAGCAGCCGGGUGCGCACCACACUAACCAUCGCAGUGGAGAGCAUAGAUUUUGAUACGCAGGCUUGUGUGCUCCGCCUGAAGGGCAGGAACAUCGAGGAGAACCAGUAUGUCAAGAUGGGCGCCUAUCACACCCUCGACCUGGAGCUCAAUCGCAAGUUCGAGCUGCGUAAGCCGGAAUGGGACACCAUUGCCCUGGAGCGCAUCGAAAUGGCCUGCGAUCCCACACAGUCUGCGGAUGUGGCCGCCGUUGUGAUGCAGGAGGGAUUAGCACACGUCUGCCUAAUCACCGCCAGUAUGACCCUGGUGCGAAGCAAGAUUGAGGUCUCCAUACCGCGCAAACGCAAGGGCAGUGUCCAGCAACACGAGAAGGGACUGGCCAAGUUCUACGAGCAGGUUAUGCAGAGCAUCCUGCGGCACGUCAACUUCGAUGUGGUCAAGUGUGUGUUGAUUGCCUCGCCGGGAUUCGUGCGCGAUCAGUUCUACGACUACAUGUUCCAGCAGGCGGUCAAGAUGGAUUACAAGCUGCUGCUGGACAACAAGAGCAAGUUCAUGCUGGUGCACGCCUCCUCGGGAUUUAAGCACUCCUUAAGAGAGAUUCUCCAGGAUCCCGCCGUGCUAGCCAAGAUGUCUGACACCAAGGCAGCUGGCGAGGUCAAGGCCCUGGAGCAAUUCUACAUGAUGCUGCAAUGCGAGCCCGCCAAGGCCUUCUAUGGCAAGAAACACGUCCUGCAAGCCUCCGAGUCUCAGGCCAUCGAAACGCUGCUCAUCUCGGACAACCUCUUUAGAUGCCAAGACGUUGGUCUGAGGAAGGAAUAUGUUAAUCUGGUCGAAUCCGUUCGCGAUGCUGGGGGAGAAGUCAAAAUCUUUUCGAGCAUGCACAUCUCAGGAGAACAACUUGCUCAACUAACUGGAAUUGCAGCCCUCCUGCGCUUCCCGAUGCCCGAACUGGAGGACAGCGACGACGAUGAUGAUGAGGAUGGAGCGGCGGGCGGGGCAGAUAGCGAUAGCGACUAGGAUCAUAAAUAGGAAUAGCUUCAUGGAAUCUUGGCAUUUGAUAACGGAAAUUUUUGACUUAGGAACUUAACUAGCGAUCGAUAUACAAGUAGACUAA